UAUAGAUAAUAUAAAUAUAUAUAUACUUCAAUCAAUUUUGUCUCAUCAAGUUAAUAAUUUCUUAGAGCAGCAGAGAAACCCAAUUAGGGUUUUCUUUCUCCCCCAAUCAAUCCCUCAAUGUUCAUGUCUUUUAAGGAAAUAUGGUAUCUUACAAUGUGUUAUAUACUAAUUUAUAUAAGUUAGAACCACUUCAUGAACCUCCAUUAAAACUAGUUACAAUCAUAUUCCUCUCUCUCUCUCUCUCUCUUUCACAGAAAACACUCACAAACCCGUCAUGGAUAUCAACCAAACCAACACUAAUUGGCAAGAUCAUCUUCGAAUCUCCAUGGAAGAUCAAAUCCUCCAUCAUCCCUUCAUUGGUACUGCUCCUACCACUACUUCUUCUUCACUACUUUAUCCUACCUUCCUUCAAACACCACAUCAAAUAAUACCAAUCUCAAACUUCAAUAUUGAACCAAAUAAUAAUCUAAACCCUAAUAUCGUUGAACAAGACCAAGAGGCUGAGGAUCCGGACGAGGAAGAGCCAGAAGAAGAGCUAGGAGCCAUGAAAGAGAUGAUGUACAAGAUCGCCGCGAUGCAGCCGGUGGACAUCGAUCCAGCCACCAUCCGGAAACCCAAAAGGCGUAAUGUCCGGAUCAGCGAUGACCCACAAAGCGUGGCGGCGCGUCACCGAAGAGAAAGGAUAAGUGAGAAGAUAAGAAUUCUGCAAAGACUAGUUCCUGGUGGUACCAAAAUGGACACAGCUUCCAUGCUGGAAGAAGCUAUUAGGUAUGUCAAGUUCUUGAAGAGACAAAUUCGGUUCCUACAACAAUCCAAUAAUAAUAACAGCAAUCAAGCAAACCCACAAACACAAAUGCAAAUCCAUGGAGGAGAUCAUCAUUGGCCAAAUAUAACUUUUGGUUCCACCACUGCAACAAUAUUAUCCCACAUCGAAAGCACAAGAGUUGAAGAUGGAGUACUAUUCACUUCACAACAAGUAGAUUAAUCUCUUCAUUAUGAGGUAAUUAGUGGUUUAAUGUCGAGUUAUUGUUGAUGAUCGAUGAUGAUGAUGUGUGUAUGUACAUAUAAGGUAAUAUUGAAUUGUAGAGGGAGAUGAUCAUGUGAUAAAGCUGUUAGGAUUUUGUUGACUAAAGUGUGAGUAUGUGUGUGGAAGAAGAGAAUAAUCAUAACGGUUGUGCUUUAGUUACGUAUGACCAUAUAUUUAUAGUUUUAUAAAAUAAGGUUUCUUUUUA